UUUAUUUCGGUAUAUUUCUAAAGGCCAGAUGGUAUAAGAUAAUUGAAACGCAGAAUACACACUGAGCCAUACCAACCAAGCCACUAUACAUAUAGGAAGGCUUAAUGUGCAACGCAUUUUGCAUCGACUAACUCAAGAGCGCGCCAAAAAGUGGGCUAGAGCGAAGAAGUUGCUAGCCAUGGGGAAGAAGCGUCAGAUGGACAACCACGACAAUGCCAGUUCAACGGACUCGGGCCAGGAGGAUAGUCACGGCCAGACAGCAGGCGCCAGCACCUCAGGAGUAGCUGCAGGAGUUGGCGGUUUGGGUGCGAAUAGUCCCAUGUCCAGCUGCUGUCAGCACAUCAAGAAAUCGGUGGAUGCGGCCCGAUUGCGGCGUCAACUGAAAACCACUGGCCUGGUGUACGAUUGCUCGCAGUGCCAGAAGGUCAGUCAGAGCCAGAGCCAGGACGCUACAUCUGGCUCCGGCGGAGAUGUGGCCUGCGACUUCGAGGUCGACAGCACGCUAUGGCUGUGCCUCAAGUGCGGCACCCAGCUCUGCGGGCGCUCACGCAAACAGCACGCCCUCCAGCACUACAAGACACCACACUCGGACUCGCAUGCGUUGGCCAUGAACACUAGAUUCUUUGAUAUAUGGUGCUAUAACUGCGACAACAAGGUCAUCCCCAACUCCCGCAAGAAUCUGCUCGAGUGCGUCGAGCUGGUCAAGCGUCUAGCCCAGAAGCCGCCCGCCGAUCCACCCGUAGAGGCCACUGUUGGGGCCACUCCCAGUCCGCCCUCCAUCACCAACAUCGAACUGAAAUUUACAUCGGCCCUAGAGAUGCUUAAGCCGAUUGUUCCCAUUACGGGUGGCUCCUUCGAGGAGAGCAACAGCAACAGCACCAGCACCGGCAGAAGCGGUGGGAACAGCCUCACAAGCAACCUAACAGCCAUACCUCUGCCGCCACCUCCAGGAGCCACCGCCAGCAGCCCUGUUCCGGGCAUGGCCAAGAGGAUUGACUCUGGCGCCGCCACCGCCGCCGGCAGUAAUCAAAGUAGCUCGGGCUUUCCCAGGAGCGAACUGGAGCAACUACCGCGUGUUCGUGGACUGACUAAUUUGGGCAACACUUGCUUCUUCAAUGCCGUGAUGCAGUGCCUCGCCCAGACACCGUUCCUGCUCAGUGUGCUCCGGGAGCUGUCGGAGCCAGGAGAAGAAUUCGAGCUGCCCGGAGGGACGUUCGACUUCAAGGGCAAGGGCUCCACCGAGCUGCCGAUCAUCCGAGGCACCCUCUCCUCCUGGGGCGGCCUCACCUCGGCACUGGCCAAUGCCCUCGAAGAGUUGCAGGCGGGUGGUGGUGUCUUUACCCCCAGCAAGCUCUUCGACAGGCUGUGCGCGAAGUGCCCGCAGUUCACAGGCGGGGACCAGCAUGACGCCCACGAGCUGCUGCGGCAGCUGCUGGAGAGUGUGCGAAACGAGGAUCUCAAGCGCUAUCAGCGCGUCAUUCUGCAGAACCUCGGCUACAAGGACCAGGACAUACACAGCGUGUCGGAGGAGAUGCGGCAGAAGUGCAAGAUGUAUGGCAACCAGGCCGGUGACCGCAUCCUGCGACCAGAACAGGUCUUCCGCGGCUUCCUCGUCUCGACGCUGACUUGUCAGGAAUGCCACAGCGUCUCGUCGCGGCACGAGUACUUCUUGGACAUGUCUCUGCCCGUUGCCGUCGAAAAGCCACAGCCACCACAGCGGCGCAGGCCCAGCCCCGAGAGCUCGCCCUUCCCCAUCGCCGGCCAGUCACAGACACAAACGCAGUCCCCGACCAAGAUAAACACUAAGUUCACGACGUCCGAGGAUGGCAACCCGUUCUCGGCGGCUUCCUCCUCCUCCUCGUUCUACCUGCACGCCAAUCAGCAGGAACCAGUCGGUCCGUCCAAGUCGCAUGUGAAGAAGGAGAAGGAGCGCGAGCGCAAGGCCAAGCGGGCGGCCAAACAUAAUCGCUACAAGCAGGCUCAGAAGCUCACCCUCAAGGUGAACGGAAAUGGAACGGGAAGCCAGGCUGAUGCCGAUGCCGAUGAAAACAAUGAGCUGGUCGACGGCACAGGAAGAGUGACGUCGACGGGGGGAGGCGACGGCGAUGGCCAGACAACCAGCGAUUGUCACAAUCCGCCCAAGGAGGAGCUAAUGUCAUCAAGCUCCACUACAUCGGAGAACUCGGACGCCGAUGUCGAGGAUAAUUUGAUGGAGGAAACGGCAACACCCGGGGACAGGCCUAAGGUCCGUGGGGCUACCGGCGGCUCCUCAUCCGCAUCAUCUGCUCAGGGAGGGAGCAACAGUAACAUCAGCAGCAGAUUCUUCACCGACACCAACGGGAAUGCCCAGCCACUGGGCGAGAAGCGGGACGACACGCCCGAGAACAUGGACAAGGACUCCCUCGAAGAGGAUGAGAACGACUCUGGCAUAGCCACCAGUCCAUUUCCCGGCGGCACCACCACCGUCAACAAUAACGAGGCUUGCGGUACAGAGCAGCAGAAGGCGAAGGAGGAGGAGGAGGGCCAAGCCACUGCGGACAUAGUCACAGCGGGCCUGAGCGAGGAAGGAGCCUCCACCAUACGCCAAAUCUCGAUUGAAUUGGACCUUCCAACGAAUGCAGUCGUCCGCGAAGUGGCGGGUGAGGCCAAUGCGGAUACAAAUGCCACGUUCCAGCAGCAGGAGAUAGCUACCCAGCUGGUUUUAAGUGAAUUCAACAUGGAGGCCACAGCCGAAGGAGUCGCAGCAGCAGCAGCGGCGGCAGGAGUAGAGGCAGCUGCAGCAGCAUCAGCAGCAGCAGCACGCGCCAAGCGUGUACGAACGUACAGCUAUUCGGACUGGAGCACCACGAUAGCGCCGCGGUACCAGUGCGAGGACGGAGAGUGCUCCGUGCAGUCCUGCCUCAACAACUUCACCGCCGUCGAACUGAUGACGGGCCAGAACAAGGUGGGAUGCGACAGCUGCACCCAGCGACUGAAUGGGAACGAUCCGAAGGCCAAGUCGGUCAAUACAAACGCCACCAAGCAGCUUCUGGUCUCCAGCCCGCCGGCCGUACUCAUCCUCCACUUUAAACGCUUCCAGCUGGGGCCGCGCUGCAUCUUCAGAAAGCUGACACGUCCGGUUAGCUACCCGACAAUGCUGGAUAUUGCCGCCUUCUGCGGUUCCAAGGUGAAAAAUCUGCCCAAUAUUGAUCGCAAACAAAAGAAGCUCCUGUACGCCCUGUACGGGGUGGUGGAACACUCGGGUGGCAUGUACGGCGGCCACUACACCGCCUACGUGAAGGUGCGGCCCAAGGUGACGCCAGACGACAAACGCUGGAAGUUUCUGCCGCACGGCAGCAAGGCCGAGCUCGACCAGGACGACGAUCAGCUGAAGAAGCUGGAGGAGCUAUUGGCCAAGGAGAAGGCGCGCGACCUGCACUUAAACUCGAUGAACGACAGCGACGACUUUACCAACUCCAGCAGCAAUUCAUCUACCUCGGAAGAGUUUAAUACCAAUCCCAAUGGCGCAACCGGCCAUGGUGGCCAGCACGAGCAGCAGGAGGAGGAGGCUGCCAAUGUCCAGGCGCCGCCAGGGAAAUGGUAUUACGUAUCCGAUUCGCGUGUCCAUGAGGUUAACGAGGACGCAGCGCUCAAGGCCCAGGCCUAUCUGCUCUUUUACGAGCGCAUCUACUAAGGGGAAGGAGACUGGAACUGGGACUAGCCCAAGGGACAACGAGAACUACUAUUAGGCACUACGGACGGGAAAGGAAACGAAAGGAGAGAAAAUAAGUGAUGCAUCUUGUUAUUUUUUAUGUAGCUCUAUCUCUCUCCCUAUAAGCUUUUAUUUAA